AUGACAGUCCCUUCGGGCGGAGCGGCUGGAAAGGAACGCACGGAGCAAGCAGCGGACCAAGCUGGUCUCCAAGAGCCAGAGGAGCGUGAGCUGCCAGCUCUACUAGACCCAUUGGUAAAAGAUGCUCAUCAUCUAGUCCGGAUUCGGCACUUGAGCAAUGCCGCAUUUUGGGAGGAAGCUUUUGCUUAUGCAGACAGGCACAACAUUCCAACUGCCAUGGUGCAGCAAAUCGGAGCAAAGAAGUCCACACCCCUAACAUUUCAGAGCUACAUGCAGCUUCAUGUGGAAACCCAGGAGAUUCCAACAGGGUCCAGAAGGAGGAUCAUGGUGGAAACCAUAGCCAACAUGUUGCAUCAGGGUGACACCAACAGCACCGCCGCGGAGAGAGUCCACCCACCCGCUGAUUUCCAGCAGAGGAACACGAAGUUGCUUGUCGACAGAAUGGAAAAUUGGAGAGCCAGAAUGCAAAGGAACUGGAGACGACCGAGACCAGAUUGCCAACCGAUCCGGAACUGA